AUGUUUUAUGAAUUUUUUAUAGAUGUUAAUUGUGAAAUUGAAAAGGAUUCGGGAGGAGUCUCAGCAAACGACGUUGGCGGUAUUGAAGAAAGGAAAAGGCUAUCAUCUCGUAUUGCAUCAGUGUUUAAAGGACGGAAUACAACACUUCUAGAUUAUGACAGAAGUAAUUUUCGGCGGUAUUGGAUGCCAGAUUCAAGUGGACGAGAAUGUUACGAAUGUCAAGAACGUUUCACUGCUUUUAGAAGGCGACAUCACUGUCGCCUAUGUGGGCAAAUAUUUUGCUCGAAAUGUUGUGAUGUUCAAGUACCUGGAUCACUAUUAGUAUGUUAUUUUGAAACCAAAUUUCGGAUCAUUUUCGGUUAUACUGGUGAUCUAAGGCUCUGCACUUACUGCGCUCAAAUUGUCGUUUCAAAUUUACCACAAAUAGAAACAAAAAUGGAAAAUAAACCGACUUCAUCUUGUAAUGACCAGAAGUCUGUUCAUGAAUCAGAUGUCUCAGUAUCAACGAUUUUUGCAGUUAUGGGGCAAUAUUCAACGUUUGAAUUUUUUUCAGGACCAGUUUCUUGGUCUUUGAAUUCACCAAUUGCUACUAAUAGUGAUGAUGAUUCGUUAUUUCAAAAGCUAGUUAUGCAAAGGUCGUCAUUAACACUUGAUCGUCCUGCUGAACUUUCUGUUACCGAAUUAGCAACGUAUAACUCAAUUCAAAAGUCCAGUGCUCAGGGACGUUUUGAUGUUGGCGAUGAUCAUGAACCGGAAUGGGUGAAGAAUAUUGAAAUGACAGAUAAUGUAAAGCCCGUUCAUUCUUCUAACCUGAAGUCCAGGCCUAUAAUGGAUUAUUGUCGUAAGGAAGAUACCAGCAGUAAAUCAGAUUUUUAUGGCACAGAUCUGGAUUGUAAUAAGAAAGGGACAAAGAUUUCGUCAUCAGAUGAUACUCAGUUUAGUGAAACGAUCGAACGAUGCUUUGAAAUGCAUGCUGAAAAAUUGAUACUACACCUAUUCAAACGUGAGAGAUUGGAUCCCGCAGAAUGGUGGGAUAUUAUUUGGACUGUAAGUCAUGUCGUAUCGUCUAUGGUUAAAGUUGAUAUGGAAGGGCGUAAAGCCGUGAGUGUCAUGAAACAUACACAUAUUAAAAGUCUUCACGUCGUAGUUGACAAACCGUCUGCAAAGAUAAUAGAAGGAACUGUGUGUAGUAAAAGUAUUCGACAUGAUUCAAUGCCAGAUGAAAUAGAUAAUGCAUCACUUCUAAUUUUAGAAGGAAGUCUUGAAUAUGAACGAGUCAAUGAUAAGCUUUCUUCUAUUGAACCGAUAAUUUCGCAGGAGAAUGAAUAUUUGCAAAAUCAAGUAGAACGAAUGCUUUCACAUAGACCAUCUAUUGUAAUUGUUGAAAGAAAUGUGGCUAGCUUAGCUGUGCAGAUGCUGCUUCAGGCUGGAGUAACUCUGGUUUCUAAUAUUAAACCUCGAGUUUUGCAGCGAAUUGCAAGAAGCACUGGUGCUGAUUUAAUGCCUUCACUCGAUGCACAAAUUUUACAUCAAAAAAUUGGAUAUUGCCCAUCUUUCCGACAAAAAAAGAUAUAUUUGGCGAAUGGAAAAUCCAAAUGUCUUUUAAUUUUCGGAGGUUGCUCACCAGAACUAGGUUGUUCUAUAUUACUACGUAGUAAAUCAAGAAGCGAUUUGCGAGCAGCGAAAAAAAUACUACGAUAUGCAAUUUUGGCAUUUUAUUCCAAUAAUUUGGAAGUAGAAUUAUUAUCUGGCCAUGGUACAAUUCUUACAAGUUCUGCCAUAAAUUGUGCUGUAUGUUGUACAAAUGCUUCUGAAUUGGAUACAAACAUGGGUUCUUUCUGCAACCGUCUAAGAAAGUCCAUUCUUUCGCCUUCGCCCUUGAUUGGUUUCGGAAUUCCAUUUCUAGAAACAUCAAAGGGUCAACGAUGUUCAUUAAGAAAAUUUUUUCAUCGAUUUAUUCAAAGCUUGUCGACUGAAAAUGCCGAAAGCAAUAAGUUAGAUUUUAGAUCAUGUUUCUCUUUAAAAAGAUUAAUAAUUUUGCAUUUUGACUGCAAAUUUCUCACUCAAAGCUCCUAUUAUUUUCUUUUUCAAAGCUGGCAUCACACAAGCUUUUUUAGGAACCAUUCAGAUUCGCAGUUUGAAGAAAAUCAUGUGUUUAGAAGAACUGUACAUCCAUUUGUAAAAAAUGUUACUUUAACGGAAAUAGAUGAAGAUGAAGUUGCAUCUUUCCGAGCUUUUUCUGGUCAUAUACUUCGACUUAGUGCUAAUAAUUUCAGUAAGCAGCUAUUAAAACCUGUGCAUUUUAUUGCAAAAUUUGAUUUGAAUAUUGUUUGCAGUGAAGAAAUCAAGCAAAAUAUAGGGCUUGAAGAUGUCUUGGAUCCUUUUGCUCAUCAACAAAUAUCUGUACUUUUUGGAUCAUUCUGUGCAAAAUCACCUAAUGCACCGUUGUUUUGUAUUCGACCAUGGGUUGUUAAUAUGGAAUACUAUGGUGUCAAUGAUAUGUCCUUGGGAGACUUUUUGAAAAAGUAUUGUUUCAACAAAGCGUAUCAUUGUCCAUCCAUCACCUGUGGUCUACCAGUAAUGGAGCACUGUCGAAGAUUAAUACAUAGAAAUGUGUGUGUGGAAAUAGUAACACAGAAUUAUGUGAAUUCAAAUGAUGAAUUAAGUACAUUAUCGUCUGAGCAGCGAAAUAACACUCUAAUAUCCUGGCAUUACUGUUCGAAGUGCAAAUCGUCAUCCUCACUGAAAAUAUUAACAAAUAAUGUUUGUCGGCUAAGUUUUGCACGAUACUUGAAUUAUUUAGCGAGUGGUUCUCAUGCAACUUGUAAAAUCAAUACAUUCUCACAGAAAUGUGGACACUGUUGCUUUCACGAGCAUGAACGAAAUUUCGCCUUGAACAAUGUCGUGACAAGCUUCAAGGUGUUAUUGAUAAAGCCGUUUCAUGUGACUUUUAGUCCAUUGCUUUGUACCGUUGAACCACUAAUGUUCACUCGGAAAUUUGUUGUUGAGUCAGGGGAAGAGAUUCAGCAAAUAGCUGCAAAAAUUUUCUGUAAUAUGUCGGAACAAGUUGAAUAUUUAUCAAAAUAUAAUGAAAACAGUUUAUAUUCGACAUGUCAAGCACAAGCAAGAAAAAUCUGUAGUGACGCUCGAUCCAGUUUCAGCACCGCAAUGAGUUAUUUUGAUUUGAAUGGAGCACUUAACGAAGAUGUGAUAACAAUUCGAUCAAAUGAUGCUGUUUAUACUCAGGCAGUUGACACCAUUGGUCGUUGUCGAUAUAUCCUGCAACACGCUAUCAAUUUAUGGAAUGAGCAGUGUCAAUAUUUUACACAACAAAUUCGUACAAUUAAAAAGUCUAGCAAUAGUAAAACUGUCAAUUUUGGUUUUACAUCAACUACUGAUGAAAUUAUGGAACUAAACAGAACAAAUGAAGAUCAGAUAUCUUGUACAAAUAACAUGCACGCUAAUGGUUUAGAUUUCGAACUUAUUCCUAUAGAUAGCCCUUUUCUUUCAGAGCAUCAUUUUAGCUUGCCUCUCCCAGCAGCAGGCCUAGCAGCCGUAGUUGUACGCGACAUGAUUGAUCAGAAAGGAGUUGUGCAUCCAGAUAUUGGUUCUAUCAUUGCUUAUGCUUUGUCGUCAAAAGAGUACAAUAUGAAACGAAGAAAAUAUCGCGAUUCCAUUUUCAGAGCCACUUCUCAAAGUGAAUCGGAGUCAGGGGGGAUUUACGAACAUAUUGAAGUUGAUUUCACUGACGAGAAAGCACAGUAUUAUGUCAAGAUUUAUUAUGCUGAAAAGUUCCAUAUGUUACGGAAGUUAUUGUUCGUUGAAGGUGAAGAUUGUUUUAUUAGGUCACUCAGCUCAUCCCACAGUUGGAGUCCUCAAGGAGGCAAAUCUGGCGCUUCUUUUUAUCGCACACAGGAUGACCGAUUUGUUUUCAAGCAAAUGUCUCGAUUUGAAAUACAGUCGUUUGUGAAGUUCGGUCCCAAUUAUUUUAGCUACAUUUCCACUGCAAUGACGGAUAAUAAAUUGACAACACUUUGCAAAGUUUACGGUGUGUAUAGAAUUUGCUAUAAAAACAGAAUCAUUGGGCAACAAUUGAAAAUCGAUGUGUUGGUAAUGGAGUACCUUUUUUACCGUCGAAAUAUAAAGCAAGUGUGGGAUCUAAAGGGCUCACAAAGAAAUAGAAUGGCAUCAGAAGGGAAAAGAACGACUGAUUUAGUUUUGUUAGAUGAAAAUUUGUUGAAAGAUCUUUGGAACAACCAACUUUAUGUGCACCCACAUUCGAAAGCUGCAUUAAAUAUGGCAAUCAGCAAUGACAGCCAUUUUCUUUCUGCUCAGCACAUAAUGGAUUACAGUCUUCUUGUUGGCGUUGACGAAAGAAAUAAUGAACUGAUCCUUGGAAUUGUGGAUUACAUGCGUACCUAUACUCUUGACAAGAAAUUAGAAAGUUGGGUAAAAAUUGUUGCCAUACCUGGAGCGCAUUUACCAACCGUCAUUUCCCCAGAAAUGUAUUGUACAAGAUUUUCUGAUGCCAUUGAUAUUUAUUUUCCAGUUGCUCCAGAUCAGUGGACUGGACUUAGAUCAGCCUUGCCUUCUUCUGAUUGUUGA